UAGCGAGAUAAGGAUGAAAGUGUUUGUCUCGAUUCCAUAUAUAAAAAUGAGUAGGACGCCAGAAAUGGGAAAAUGCGAGCUGUGAUAUUAAUUCUGUGCUUGGCGUCCGCCAGGGCGGACAUGAACGACCUGGUCGACAUGUUCAUCGACUCGGCCAAGGAGUACGCCAUGGAGUACCACAUGGACAAGAUUAAACUGCCGAAUGUCAACUGGACUCUGAACAAGACCAAAGUCGGCCCCUGGGUGCUCACGGGUUUCGUUCAAACUGUGAACGCGACUGCCUGGAACACAACCAGCAUGAAAAGGGUCGGCGACGCGGUCGUCCUCACCCCUGGAGAAAACGACCUGGUCGUCGCCCUCAACGUUUCGUUCGACACUUUGGCAGCACACUUCGACGUCUUUAACUUCGACAUAGGUAUUCCGAAGAGUACGGGCGGUCUGGCAUUAGCCAUCAAAAAGAACCAAGUUGCCGUCCAAUUCACGGUCAUCGAUGAUAUUUCUGGGUUCUGCAAUGUGACAGUUGACCGUGCCGAGGUGACUAGCUUAGGUGGGAUCGCACUGCAGCUUCUUCCGCCCAGCGCUUGGAAUACAUUAAAGGACGACGUCUUCAACGCAUACCUUAACGAAUACGCCGUUGGAGUCCAACAGGCCGCCAAUCAAUAUCUUAAAAGUAUUUUACAGAUGUACGUCGAUCAGAUGGACCUAUGUCAGUACAUUCCGUCCGUGCAAUAAAGGAGCAAUGUUAAACUAUGACGUUUUUAAUAAUAAAACAACCUAGAAAAGUGUAA